AGAAGGAAAUCCGACACAGGAAGUUGGUGGAUUGUUAUUUUCUCGGCACAAACGAAAAAGAGACCUAAUUUCGGACAGAAUUCAAAAAAGAUGUCUGACAGGGGAAGACACCACCAGAGGAGUGAUGUGUAUACAGACUACAAGAGCAGGGACGGUUCACACGAUGGAGACCACUCUUCAUAUGAUAGCAGAGGCCGCAACCAAAAGCCAAGAGACUUGGAUGAGAGAGGCUCUGCUGGUGACAGGCGAGCCAAACAAUACAGACAGAGGGACAUGACAACUGCCUCUUCCAGGGAGCCACCUGCUUACAAAGAUCACAACCAUGACCAUGAAGGACCCUCGAGACUGUCCAGAGAGACAUCACUGUAUCACUCUGAACGGGAGCAUUAUGAGCAGCAACACAGACAAGCGCUUUACAAUCUCAGAUACAUCUUAACCAGUAGAGGUCUGUGCCAGCUUAUGGAGCUGUUUGUGAAUCUGCUUAUCAUCAUCUGCGCUGGAGUGCCAUACAGCAACAAUGGGGGUUACCGUGAUCUGGCCAGCCUCGGUGGACUCUACUAUUAUCACUUUGGUGGGGCCAAUGCUUUCACUGGAGCUGAUGUAGACAGGGUGAAGGAGCUGGACCAGCUGUUCCAUCAGCUCAAGCGACCUCCGUACAUCUUCACCAUGGCCUGCGGUGGGGUUUUAAUGAUAUACGCCUGUGCCAUGCUUACUCUGGGGAUUUUCAGAGUCCCUUACCGCUGGCCCCCUGUGCUGCUGGGGGAGGCUCUGCUGAACUUCCUGAUCGGCCUGGGCUACAUCCCUGCACUUGCCUUCUACUUCAUUAAGGUUAAAGAAACCUACAAUAAUCCAAUCUGUGAAGAGAGAGAGCAAAUGUACAAGAGCAAAGGGCACAAGGGUUUUGACUGCCAGUUCCACGGUGCAGAUAUUGCAGGAGGUCUCUUUGGGGUGCUGGGGGUGUUUGUUUUCAUCUUUGGUGCAGUGUUAGCUGUCAGAGCUUUCAGGUCAGUGCGGGAGCUAAAGAAGCAAAGAACAAACGAGGACAGUCAUUUUUAAGAUGCCUUUUCUCUUCAACAUAUGGCAAAAGUGAGAUUGAGGAGAAGUCUCUGCCACCAGAAAACAUGGAUAGUUUUUUAUAAUUUUUUAUUAGGUGUAACUGUUUAACUUUUGUUGAAUGUGAUUGGUGAAUCAGCUUUUUUAUACACUUUUUAUGUUUUGAUUGUUUACAUUUGAUUUUGGAGAAUACUUUUUUAUUAUUAUCUCUUUUGCAGUUUAUAUACCUGUGUAUGGUGUCUGUUACAUUUUGUAUAAAUGUAUAGUUAUAUUAAACUACUCAAAUUGC